CCGGUUGCUUGGAUACCUCUGUGAAACAAUUGCUGCCGGGGGCGCUUCCCGGCUGUCGCUAGAAGGGGCAGUUGGCCCUCACUUUCCGAAGAGCCCGAGGAGGAGCGGGUGAGAGCCCCGGCCGGCCGCCCGGACCUCGCGAAGCCGGCCUCUUGGCCCGCCCCCAAGCCCGGCCCCGCCACAGACCCGGGUCCCCCCUCCAGGCUCCAAAUCCGGGGGAGGCAGGGCGGCCCGGCCCUUCGGGGGCGCCCGCGCCCCGAGGCUCACCGGCCCGUCCUCCGCCUCCACGCAGCACACCUUGAUUCUUCCCAGCCUGGUCCCGGUCUGCGGAGAGCGAUGCCGCUUCCUGAUACCAUGUUCUGCGCACAGCAGAUCCGCAUUCCCCCGGAGCUGCCGGACAUCCUGAAGCAGUUCACCAAGGCUGCGAUCCGCACCCAGCCCGCCGACGUGCUGCAGUGGUCCGCGGGGUAUUUUUCAGCUUUGUCUAGAGGAGAUCCACUUCCUGUCAAGGACAGAAUCGAGAUGCCCGUGGCCACUCAGAAAACAGACACAGGCCUGACUCAAGGACUCCUGAAAGUUUUGCACAAGCAGUCACUGAACAGUUCAAUGAAGCACCUGUGUGAGAUCCUCACCGUGGACCCCGAGGGCGGGCCUGCGCGCAUCCCGUUUGAGACGUUCUCCUACGUCUACCGUUACUUGUCCAAAAUGGACUCGGACAUCCCUGAAGUGGACACGGAAUCCUAUCUCGCCACUUUAAAGGACACUGUGGCCUGGUGUUGGCCAAGAAAAACCAGAAACCAGACGAAAGGAAGCCUCAUGACACAGAGGUCAGAUGCCCCGGGCUGGAGCGAGGAGGCAAUGCUCAGGACAAAGAGAGGGAAACUGGCACUCAGUCAUUUGCAUGAAAAAUGGGUGAAGGGCUUGCCUAGCCAGACCUCCGCAUAUUCAUAUGAAUGCUAAGAGACACAGAAAGGAUUUCUGAAUGAUAAGCACACAGUAGAAACUGGUGGAAACUUCUGAGAAGGAGAAGUUGCCUACUUUCUGUGGUGUAACUGUUGGAUUUACUCCUGCUGUGCACCAUCCAUCCAUCCACCAAUCAUUAACAAGAAUUGCUGUUUUUGAACUUCUCAUGCUGGAGCUGGAAGGAAGAGGUCUUUUCCCUCUCCUGUGGAUGAGG